AUGAAGAGUGAACUGAGAGACCAAAUCUGUCUUGAACAGAGAAACCCGAUCUUACUACAAAAAACAACCACCAAAAGGCACUUGUUGGAUGAACCUUGUGAGCAAACCUAUAAUGAGGAUAAACGAUCAGGGGAAAAGACAAAAUUGAGAAUCGAAGGUUCAAAUGAAACCCAAGGAAUAAUGGCAAAUUAUGAGAACGAUACAUUUUUAGUACCUGAUCAUGGGAAGGAUAAUUUGAACAACAUAGUUGAUCAGAAUGAAGACGAUGGAGAGGAUUCAGGUUAUAAUAAUGAUAUUGAAAUCAAUAAGAAAUGUUUUGCUGAGAUUCUUGAAUAUAAUAAAUCCAAAGAAAGAAAAUAA